AUGUCUUCCAAGGUUAAAGAUCCUGAUAUUGAUGGCCAUACAAAGGAUUCUACUGGCCAUGGACCUUUGAUGAAAAAAAAGAUGAUGGCUGAAGCUGAAGGAGUGACAAAUCUGACUGAUGAUGGCGCCUUAAUACUUAGUGAAGAUCUCAGCUACAGACUUAGGGAAAUAGUUCAGAAUAGUAUCGAAUAUAUGAAACAUGCAAAGAGACGACGUUUGACAACAGAUGAUAUCAAUGAUGCUCUUCGAACAAGUGAUAUGCAACCUAUACUUGGCCAUGGUUCUCCAGAACCAGUUACUUUUAAACAAGUCAAAGAUGCAGAUAUUCAUUUUGUUGAGGAUUUAGAUCUGAAUGUGGCAAAUAUUGCCUUCAAUAGUUAUAAACCAAAGGAAACUGUAGAACUUGGCAUCAAAAGUUUCUGGUAUGCUAUUGAAGGUGUAUCCAAGAUCAGCCCAGUGCAGAAUGCUGCAGGUGAGACUUGGAAAACCCCUUCAUUUGGUCAAAGUAAGCCUGUGAUUGUUAAAAAAGAGAAAAAGGAACUGUCAGACAAUAUGUUGUGUUAUUACGACUACAUGGUAAAAGCAAUUCUUGGAGCUGAUGAAGAAGCUAUGAAAUUUGCUUUGUCUGAUUUGAAAACCAAUUCCAAAAUAGUUCCUCUAUUACCAUACUUUGUUAAUUUUGUGUCAAAUGGAGUAAAAACAGUUAGCCAUGAUAUCUCACAGCUGACCAGGUUGCUGCACACUGUAAAAGCCUUGACUAACAAUUCCAACCUCUACUUGGAACCAGAGCCUUAUCUUGGUCUUUUAGUGCAAAGUGUAAUGUACUGCGGCCUUGAACCCCUUGCAGCAUCCAUUAACCCACUCAAUGAUCACUGGGUGCUGAGGGAUUAUGCUGCUCGACUUCUGGGACAUAUUGUCAAAAAGUGGAGUGUACACAACAGUGCUUUGAUGCAGGACACCUUGAAGAGUCUAAAGGAAGUUAUUUGUGAUCUUUCAAGGCCAUUCUGUUCCCAUUAUGGUGCUGUCAUGGGAUUAUUAGCUUUAGGUACAAAGGCCAUUGAAGAUGUUCUUUUGCCACAGCUUCAAGUCUACAUGCCUCACCUUAACAAUUUCAUGGAGGAUACAUCAUUAAACAAUGCUCUGUUGAGAACAGAUGCUAAUAAAGUUUAUGGUGCUAUACUGCUGGCAGCAGAAUAUGUGAUGAAAAAUCUUCUCCAACAUCUUGAUUUGCAGACACCAUAUCCAAAUGGCUGCCCCAAAUCUACUAUUUUAUUACCAGACCCAUCAUCAUUCCAGUUGGUUAAGGUUGAACCUGGGGCCAGUGAACAUUUAUGGCAUUCAAUGCAAGAACGUUUUGUGGCUGAAAUACGAAAAGAGCACGAAGAACAGGAAAGGUUGGAGGAGGAACGGCGUCGUGAACGUGAGAGGCUUGAACAGGAACAACGUGAGCGUGAGCGCUUAGAGAGGGAACAGCAGAAGAAGGCAAAAGCAGAAAAGAUGGAAAAACAGCAAAAGAAAUAUCACCAGCGGCACCCAGAGAAAUUCUGGCAGCCAGUGCCAACAGAAGAUGAGGCUGAAGAUAGUGACAAUGCAAACGACAAUAUAGACAGAAUGCAAAACAAAAAGAAAUACAAUAAUGGUGCCUUUUUUUUUCUCCCCACUCCUUAUCUCUUGAAUCUAAGUGCCUUUUUUUUCUCUCUUUUUUUGAAAUUAUUGAAGGAAAGCUUUCUUUCUUUCUAG